GCACUACAUCUCUGUCUGUGGGUAUUCAGACAACAAAAAUCAAACCAGCAACCUACAGCAGACCUACAGCAACAUCUGGGAUUACUAGGAGCACAGCCGAACAGCAGAGCUUCAGAUUUGAGCCUACAGCAGGUUUUCUUUUCUGAUGGCAGAUAAUGAGCAAAUUAUGAGGAUUUAGGAGUGAAAUGAUCAUUCAUUCUGGACUCCUGAUGCGCAGUCAGGAGGACCAACCGUGCGUGUAGCGCUGUUUCUGAACGUCUCCUCCCCUGUUUCUGCAGUGUUACUGCUUUUUCCUUCUCGCUCAUCGUUUCUUGUGCCAAUGCUGCCCACCGCAAGAGUAAGACAAGACUACCAUUUGCAUAACCCCACACUCCUCUUUCUCGUGUGCCACCAUCCCUUUGCUUGAUAUCCAUCUUGUCCAGAUCCGCGUACUGUGUGGUUUUGCGUCCGCUCGAUCCCUCUCCAUUCAUUCACGCCUACUCUCAUGUGCAGUCCUGUUUGGUUCUUUGCGUUCUUCACCUCAGACAGAAAAGCAAGGGAAUUUUUUCACUCUGUCAUUUUCCGGACAGUAAAACACCUUUAAAGCUCUUCAUGAUGUGAGUUUUGAAGAAAUUCCGACUGAUACAUGCAGGAAGAAAGAAGACACAGUCAGUAAUUUUAUUUAUUAUUUUACGCAUCAACAAUCGCACGUAGCCUGGAGAGGAUAAAGCUAAAAACGCAUUGUGGUUUUUGAAACAUAACUUAGCCGUGCGGGAGCUGUCGCCGUCACAGCACAAAGAGAAAUUAAGAAGAGGAACUAAUCGGACUGUGUUAAGUUUGCUGAGGUAGACUACCUGUCAGAGAAAAAAAAAAUCUCGAAGAAGCACCGUGGAGAGCUACGCGUCAUUUCCAAGACACCAGCGCAACAAGCCAACACCAUUUCACCAGCCUGCCGUGUGAAUGGCACACGGGGUGUCUCCUUCUGUUGAUCUGGUGCAGGGUAGCCACGCUGUGACCAGGGUCCAGCUGAGAUUCACGGCUUUCUGUGAGUAUCUGUGGGACUGCUGUGCGCACCAAAUGGACCAGUCUAAUUGUCCCUCCUGAGCAGCCUGCUGAUGGGAUAAUCGGCUUUUUUUCUGCAUCUGUAAUGUCCAAUAAUCGACUAUCUCAGGAGCCAUUUGUAACUUAACACUUUGAAUUUUCUCGGGUAUGCAGCAGCAGCACUGUUAAGAUUAGAUUUUUCACUCCAGCUGCUCAAUCUACUUCCACACAUACGGAAUGUGGAGUGUAAUCAGCUUUUAAUUCUCACAUGUGGGAUCAUGGCGGGCUAGUUUCCAUGCUCAUUACAGAAGUCUCUUUGGUUUUGUUGGUUUCAAUUACUUGUCUUUUUUACAGAGCAAUAUGGAAAAAUAAGUUCAGCUCCUGAGGCCACAACUUCCACCCCUGAGCUGACUCACUGACAACUGCACCUGGGUGAGUAAUGCAGUUUGUUACUUUAUUAGAAAUAUAUACUCUUAAAAGUCGACAUGUACCUGCAUGGGCCUCUGUUUUUCUUCUUCAUUUCCUCUGCUCUGAGACUCACAGCUGCAUGCAAAACAGCAAAGUGCGUUUUUUUUUAAUCAUUUCUGCGUAAUUUCUCUUUAUUUAUUGUACUUUUAGCUCAACAGGAGGCCUAAAGGUAUCUUCCGCUAAGUUCCCGUCUUUUCUUUAUUCCUUGUUUCUGCUUAAUUCCUAAGUCUGUUUGUUAUGUUUAUGGCUUUUCAUCCCCAAGGUAGUGGAAAUGACAUUCAUGAGGAGUCUCAUUGCAAAUUGAAAAUGUCAUCAUGUGAAAAAAACAACUCACAUAAUAAGCGCUUGCAUCAAAGUGUGACUCAUUAUGUACAAGUGUUUACUUGCCAACCUGAGACCUCUGCUUUUCAAACAGGAACAGGAUUAAGUCACCAGUAUUGUAUUCAGGUCAUGUUUUUUUCAGAAUUGGACAAACUUAGAUGGUUGAAGGUUAAACCAGAAAUAAAAGUGUGACUUGUAGAUGUUGUAGAUGGAAGAUAAAUGUGAGGUAUAAACUAAAGACAUGAAGAACAGAGGCCUUGGUAUGGUCUCAGUGGUCUCAGCAAGAGGUUUGUAUCCUCAAAAUGUGCCUCAUGAGAACACAAAUCAUAAGAAGCAAGGUGAAAAACUUCAUCCUUGUAGCUGACUGGAAAAUCACACAUUCCUUGAGGAAACCCAAACAGAAUAGCUGUUUUUUUUUUAAGUUCAUGUACCUUGUUAGCUUGUUGCCACCUGGAGAUCACAGUCAAGAUUGAGAGUCACUGAACAGUGUGUGGCACCACUUACACAGAUUAAAAAUGUGGACACCUUUUGUCUCUAGUUUUGUCAAAGACAUGUUUUACUCCUGCCUCCCAACCAGUUUGAGAGCUUGCUUUUACCAUAGAAACGUCACCCACUCAAAAUUUGUGCAGGGUUGAGUGCCAGAUGAAAGCAACCUUAUAUUAUUUACUGGAGGGAAUCAAUGAAAUCACACGUCAGCGCUGUGGGAAUAUUUAAAUCUCACUAAAUGACGGGAUGUGCAAAACCCUGUCCUCUUGGCUCUAGUAUUAAAAGACUAUUUCAUCUGAAAGCUGUCAGAGCAACCAUGUGAAAGGAAUUUCUGAGAAGUCUUUGCUGAAUGUGGAUGAAGCAUCCUUUGAAAAGCAGGCUGGGGGGUCACAUGUUCUCCGUACCGCUGCGUUCCUCCUGCUUGUUACAAGAGCCGCUGUCCAUGGUGCUGAUCCUGCUGAUGGUUCCCUCAUUCCCCUCAGCAGACAGGUGUUGCAUAAGGCUGUUGUUCUCAUUGCACAAGUACAAGCUUCUAGUCUUUUAUUUAUAAGGGAGCAAAAAAAAAAGACAAUUUGAUUUCUACCUCUGUGCUGCUCACUUCACCCUGAUGUGCAGUCUUGAUGGAAAAAGUGCAUCGCUCUCAUGCAGGUCAGAGUGAAGAUUGCAGCUUUUCACCACUGCAUGUCAAUGACAGCAUGUGCUGUACAUAAAGCAUUGUCAAAUCACUUCUGCUGAAGGUAGGCAACCUAUUUUUGAGACAGAGAUGGUCUUAAAAUUUUAAUUAGGAAGCAUCAGAUUACAUUCCCUUGCGUUUUUUCUCCUCUUUCCCUCUGUUCACGCUGAUGCAGAUGUUGAAUCCUCUGAGCACUACUGAUGCUGGACUCACUCUCUAAAUCGUUCACUUAUCUGUUGAUGGUUACGCUGCUGCCAAGAAGACCUCCAUGAAAUCAUUUGAAGUUGUCCCCUGAUAUAGUUUUAAUAGCUUACGUAAAAUGGAAACAAAGGUAUUUAGUAUAUUUAGUUCAUUCGUCAAGGAUUGAAUAAAACAUUACAGAGAGAAGUUCAGAGGUGUUUGCAACACUUCUCCUAAAAUCAAAGACUGUUAUCCUUUAAAUAAUCUUAUAAUGUCUUUUUUAACAGGUUUGAGCUGUAAGAACAGCUGCUCUCUUCUCGUUGUACUCAUUUGUCAGUGAGGAUUAUUUUUGGAGCCCAUCGAACUUGACUGUACACGGUGGACUGAGUCACUUUUUCCCUGAAUACUACAGGUGCAAAGGGUAACAUUUCCACUGAUGCUUAGCACAGAGUGACCACAUUACAUGUGUGGGUGUCUGACAGGGUAGUUCAAUACAAAUGAGUCAACCAUCAGUAGGUGCCAAUAUUUCUGGCUCUCUAAACCCGGACCUACAAAACUGUUGGAUCCCACGUCAUUUGCAUACCAAAGAGUAUGACUAGCUCUACUUCUGCGAUUUUAUACCUUUGCCUUGUUGAAGUUAUUUCAAGAAUAACGUCAAACUUGAACAAUAACUCUAAAACAAAAAAAAUGUAAAAAUCUCCUCUUCUUCUUCUGCUUCUUCUUCCUCUUCUCCCCUUUUUUUGUUUAGACCUUCACAUGUGACAUUGACUGUACUCCAAAAUAAGAAGACGCUAAGCAACACUGCACCACCAUGUUCCUGCACAAGCGUGUCCUGAAUUUCACCCUACCAUGUUUCACGCCCUGCAUAUUCAUCUCCAUCCUGCUGCUGCUUCUCCCAGGAGUCACACAUUUCUCCCUGGGCAGUGACACUCACAAGACGCCAGGCAACUGCUCCAGUGACGAUAACUGCUCUGAUGGCGUGGUGCUGCCCAUGUGGAACCCCCAGAACCCUGCAGUAGGCGACAAGGUGGCCCGAGCCAUUGUGUACUUCGCAGCUCUUAUAUACAUGUUCCUGGGCAUGUCCAUUAUCGCAGACCGCUUCAUGUCUUCAAUUGAGGUCAUCACCUCUCAGGAGAAAGAGAUCACCAUCAAGAAACCCAACGGGGAGACAACCACGACCACCGUGCGCAUCUGGAAUGAGACGGUAUCCAACUUGACACUGAUGGCACUGGGCUCAUCAGCACCAGAGAUCCUGCUCUCAGUUAUUGAAGUGGUCGGCCAUAAUUUUGAGGCUGGUUCUUUGGGUCCAAGCACCAUUGUGGGCAGCGCUGCAUUCAACAUGUUCAUUAUCAUCGCGAUCUGUGUCUAUGUGGUGCCUGAAAACGAAAUCCGCAGGAUCAAGCACCUGCGGGUGUUUUUUGUCACUGCUGCCUGGAGCAUGUUCGCCUACGUCUGGCUCUAUCUCAUCCUGUCUGUGUUCUCCCCUGGUGUGGUGGAGGUUUGGGAGGCCAUUUUGACCUUCUUCUUUUUCCCUGUCUGUGUGCUGCAAGCUUGGAUUGCAGACCGGCGUCUGCUCUUCUACAAGUAUGUCAACAAGCGUUAUCGCGCCGACAAGACCCGGGGCAUUAUCAUUGAGUCGGAGGGAGAUGCCAUGUUCACCAAAAUGGACUUGGAGAUGGAUGGCCAGGGUGUGAACUCCCAUACUCAUCCCAAAGAGGCUCUGGAUGGGAUGCUUGAAGGAGUGGAGGAAGGUGGAGGGCUCAGUGCAGAGCAGGAUCAAGAAGAAGAGGCCCGGCGAGAGAUGGCUCGUACGCUGAAAGAUUUAAAACAGAGGCACCCAGAGAAAGAUAUGGAGCAGCUGAUUGAGAUGGCCAACUACCAAGUGCUGGUCCAACAGCAGAAAAGCAGAGCCUUCUAUCGCAUUCAAGCCACACGCAUGAUGAUCGGAGCUGGGAAUAUCCUGAAAAAGCACGCCGCAGAUCAAGCCAGGAAAGUGGUGAGCUGCCAUGAGGCAAGUGGGCAAGAGGAAGAUCCCAAUACCAUCUACCUGCAGUUUGAACCCUCUCACUACCAGUGCUUUGAGAAUUGUGGGUCACUUAAGCUGUCAGUAAGCCGGCAUGGAGGAGAGAGUGGCUGCACUGUAAAGGUAAGGAGAAGUAAUAACAGAAAUAUUAGAAAUGCAGAGGGUCAAUUUAAAACUACUGUAAGUGCUUGAAGCUUAAAGAGUAUAAAUUAUUCAGGUUUCUAUUGUAGCCCUGGACACUAAAUGUUUAAUGGAGUCUUUCUUUUAUUUUACUUGCGUCACACAGGUGGACUACCGGACAGAGGAUGCGACUGCCAAUGCCGGCUCAGAUUAUGAGUUUGCUGAAGGCACGCUGGUUUUCAAGCCCGGUGAGACCACAAAAGAGUUUACUGUCGGAGUAAUUGAUGAUGACAUAUUCGAAGAGGAUGAGCACUUCUACGUACGCCUCAGCAAUCCACGCAUCGUGCACCGAGCGGAAGUCUCCGUCCUUGAGCCGAACUCCAUCACCUCCAGCAACAGCACGGUAGGCCUCUCCUCUCACAUUCCUCCAAAGGCGGCCCUUGGUAACGCUCACACUGCCACGGUAACAAUCUACGAUGACGACCACGCUGGCAUCUUCACGUUUGAGAGCAACUCCACGAGGGUCAGUGAAAGCGUUGGCAACAUGCAAGUGAAGGUCCACAGGACGUCUGGGGCGAGAGGGAAGGUGGCGGUUCCUUAUCACACCGUUGAGGGCACCGCCAAGGCAGGAGAGGACUACGAUGAGGUGUCCGGGAAGCUGGAGUUUCAGAACGAUGAGACAAUGUGAGUGACAGUUCCUCUUGUGUUUCGUGGUGUUUUGUUGUUGCUUCUCAUUACUUGGUCAAACAUCACAGCCCACAUAUUGGUACUUUAAACAGUCCAGCUAGAUUACUGUAAAUGAUCUAUUCUGGUGAAGCAUAAAGGGACUAUUUUAAUGACUCACAGAUACGUUCACUCGGAGAAGUUCAGAUCUUCCAGAGGGUUAGCGUGGGAGGAUAAGAGGAUAUAAUUGUGAGGAAGAUAAUGAAACAUUGUGGCUGAUGUAAAAGGAGGAGAAGAAGAAGAAGACAAGGCAGAGAAUCAGCUUUCUGUGAAUGAAUUAACAUGCAGCCUUUUGGGAUUUCUAUGGAGGUUAUACUGGAGAUCAAUGUAAUGAACUCGCCUGCAGAGAAACAAAGAAGGUGAACAAGCAGAGGCAUAAAAAUCAGACAGGUGACUUCUCAGGCAGGGAGGAGGGGUGGAUGGUUGAUUAGUGACAGAAACAGGUGCAUGCUGAUGAGGCCUGUGCAAUAAUCUCAAGCGGAGGGAUUCAUGGAUGCACCAGGAGAGAGAUGGAUAAAAAGAGCAGAGAGUGAGCGGUGAAAGUGUGAUGUUUUUCCAGCUUUUCUCUUGAAAAAUGUGUGGAAGCUUUGGCUGAAUGAUGAGUACACUUGUAGUGUUUGUUUCAUGAUGUGCUGAGCAAAGGACCUGGCAAUUAUCCACGGCUUAGAAAAAAAAAAAAAAAAAACUGUAUCAAGCUUAUCCCAAACUGAUUUACAGCAACACCAACGGAGGAAACAAAGGAAUAAAAUGUGUCAGAUGAAUGUGUCUGUGAGGAGCAUUUUCAAGGCCAGUGUGUAGGUGUAUUGUGUAGGUUGGCUGAGUGGGAGGAAAGGCAGGUGAAUACAUGGUGUCAAAGAGAACGCAGAUCUCCAUAUUUGUCUUUUGUUGCCUAACUGUGCAGGUGAGAUUCGAAGAGAUUUGUGUGUGCGUUUGUCAUUUUUUAUUGUUCACAGGAAUUGUCAUUCUCCUCUUUUUAUUUUGCUUUUCUCUGCGUGCGUUUUGAAGGGUGUUCUUGUCUUAACCCCCGCGCCGAAUCCACUUUAAACCCACAUCAAACAAAAUGUCGCUCCGAAGGGGAACUCAAAAGAGCUUCUCGAGCAUCUGAAGCAAUUAAAAAGAGUGAAGAGGGGUUAAAGGAGUCCCAAAAGUUCUCACCAGUGCAGAGACGGCUUCAGAAGCCGCAGUUAAUGAGACAGUAGUGUGCUCCGAUGUGAAAUGAGAGGAUGGCAGCUUGUAUUUGCACUCAAAUGGAGACUGAGCAGUAGAUAAAAUCCUCACCUCCUGAGCCAAGACUCUGUUUAUCUGUCUGUAGCAAGCUGACAGUGACACAAGCAUCUUAUCUGGAGUCCUGCUUCCUGCUUUUGCAGCGGGAGAGGAAAGACUGUGGAGAGCAGGAUCCAGCAGGGCAGGGCAGUUUGGUACCAGCAAAGCCAGUGAAAAGUAACCCCAAACGCAAUGGGAAAUGCCAAAGCCGUGCUCAGCUGCUCCUUUGAAUGGCAAAGGAGGACUUAAAGGGGGAUGUGGGAGCGCUGUGAUCACAGGUAGAAAGGUUUGAGUCAGAUCUUGAGCCAGAAUUGCCAGGUCCAGAUAGGUCAAGUCACAGCAGCAUACUUAUCUUUUUAUCCAUCUGGAUUUUGGAUCUUAGAUACCUGUUGUUAGAAGGUUAUUGGAAAGGUCAACUCUUAUGUCUAUUUUUCACACAAAGCGUUUAUCAGAGCUUGUGAAGAGCCAUUGAGCCAUAGUUCCCCCAGCUGAACAGUUUUUUAAGGACCUACUUCAGAACGCUCAUAUUUUGCUUCUGCUUUAUGCUACUCUGAUGCUCGAGUCAGGAUGAAUUUUUUAUGAGGUUGUUUAAUUUGGAGCGUUGGGUCUGUCCUGUUAAAAAAUGUAGGUGAAACUCCAUCACUCUGUAUCUUUGCAUCAUAAUCUCAAAGUAGUUCUUGUUUUUGUGUAUGUGUGUGAGUUUGUCUUAUCGUAAUCUGAAGCUUUACAGGUUUUUAGGUGGAUAUCAGGGAGAUUAUUAACGCCUCUUAACAGAACAGCUUGCACAUGCUUUGUGUUAAAUGUAUUGCUGCUGCUAAGCAGGCUGCCAAAGUUCAUCCUUCAAACAGAGCUGUAUUUUCUUACCCGAGUGUUUCCCUGGGCGUUCAGGACAAAGAGCUGACACUUGGCAGCAGGCCUCCAGGCAGCUCUCCCUGUGUGUUUGUUACAGUGUCUCUGGCUUUGUGUACAGCUGCCUGUCCCUGUCCAUGUAAGUGCAUGCAGAGGAGCUAAAGGAGGACGACAAGUUUUAAAGCAUUUUGACACAGAGCCAGGAGGAAAUGGUUCAAAAUAAAGGCAUGCAUGUUAAAUCAUAAUUUAGCAUCUAUUCCUGCUCUGCAGUAAAUAGAUUCUGAUGCACAGACACAAACCUUGGAGCUAAAAUAAACAGAGGAGCGCUUUUGCAUUCUCCGUUUAUGGAUUAGCAGAAGAUCUGUGCAGGCCCUUUGAUGCUUGUUUGUAGCUUCCUCAUGUAUCUGCUUUUGUUUGUUAGAGCCUCAAAAUGUGUGGCACCAUACACUAGUUGAGGCUGAGGUGGAUAACGGGGGCAGUUGCAUAAGCCAGGAUGAAAGAGAUGUGAGGAGAUCACAUCUGAAAAGAAAAAUCAAUACUCUGAUAUUCUUUAUUUCUCAUGCUUAAUGUAGUCAGGAUCCAUAACAUCCUGGAAUUUCUGCCAAAAAACGGAUAAAAGCAGAGCAGCAGAUUCAGGGCCGGGAAGAGUUAACACAUGUAGAAAAGUUAAAACCCUUCAUGGAAAUGUGAGCGGCACUGACAGGCUUCCUUUGGUUAAACGUUCAUCCUCAUAUCCAAAGCUUAGAGCUUCUCCUUAUACCUUAUCCUAUUGUGAUCAUGUUGAGCUACACUUUUUCUUUGGACAUGCAAGCAACAUGGUUUAUGUGGGUGGAUUAGCUUGCAUUUGUUAGACAUAAGAAUGGAUAAGGAUUUGGUAAAUUGAUUUUUAGCAGCGAACACGUUCACGAUCCCAUGAAAACAAAUUGUAACUGUUAUUUCCUGACUUUUUAAACUUUUCUAGGAUUGCAUUUCAUGGUCAAAGCCAAGACAAAUAAGCAAAGUAUUGGAUUUAUUGUAUUUGGGAGCCCUUUUGGUAAAACUUUACAUUUCACAUCUCAUCGCUUACAAGACAGAAAACAUUCUCAGGGUUACUAUUACAAACAAAUUCAUCACCAUUUAAAAAAUAGUAUUUCACACAUUUCCAGAGUCAUUUUUUUUAGGUAAAAAGCUGGUGAAGCUACUGUAAGUGCUGCAAAGCUGUUUGUUGACAUUCUCCUUCUUCUGAGGUGUCAAACCCAAAUAUGAAACACCAAAGAGUUGUGAAGUAAUUUCACAGAAAAUUCAACAAAAGGUAACGAAACUGGGGAUAUGUAGCUGUAAUCAAGCCUGCUAACCAGGUUACCCAAACCCUGGACAAGGCAACCCAUUUCACUGGCAAGUGGGUCUUGAACUGCUGUCAGUCUAAAUGUUUUCCCAUCAGUGGCAGAUGAACUGACCUAACCACAGUCCUUAACAACAGAGGAUCACCUCAGUGUAUUUGUAUAGCUUUGCUAUGUGCUAUCAUGCCCCAUGUUGCAUUGUUCUGAUUGGUUGUAGGUCUGUUUAAUACCUUUCAGAGGAACUUUUAAGUGCAAAUGUUUUUAAAGCAGUUUGUUUGGCAACAGAGGGCAACCCAUGAUGCACCCCAGAACUGGUGGCUGCAGCCAUUUCUGCUCUGUGCUGAUCUUCACCUGUUUUCUCCUCCCCGUCUCUCCUCACAGCUAUCAGACUUAUUUAGAAUGGACCUUUUGUUUUUGUUUUUCUUGAACAUGUGAGCUACGUUGAAAUACGGUCAGCGGUGGCCACGCUUUGUAUUAAACUAAACCGUUUUUGCACCCGGUUAAGUGAAAUGUCAAGGAAAAUAAGGAAAGAUUUUGAAUAGAAUAAAACAUAUUUUUAACAAAUUAUUCCAACAGACAAUUAAUAAAGCCAAGAGCCAGUUUAGGAUCUUCCCCAUUUCCACCUCCACCCUCCAAGAGCCUGUAGGACAACUGACCUCUGCCUCUUGUCUACCCCUGUUGGCAGACUUGAAUAAAAUACUACCUUCCUGUGAGACCACAAGAGCACACCAUCACCUCACUGUGUGAGGAGCAAAAACACCUGGAUCCACAUAUAACAUAGAUGUAUUUCCAAGUGAUGGUGGAGAUGUGAGUCAACCUCCAGCUGUGUCCCUGAAUCUACACCGACAAUGUAAUUGUAAUGCAACAAGAUGACACUGUUUAAUAGGGGUGGGAGAUAAAAAUCGGUUCACAUAAGUAUCACAAUUUUUGGUUUUACAAUUUUUAAAUUUAUUUUUUUGUUCAAAAAUCUUUUGAACAUGAAGAAUAGACCUAAAACACUGACUUACAUGUGAUGUGUACUUUUUGGGGAAAUGUGGUUCCUGGAAUAGUCAGUAGACAAUCAUAAUCAUUCAACUAUUUCAGUGGUGUUAAAAAUGAAGACAAAAAAUCAAGAACAUCGUAGAAUCACAAUUUAAAUCUUGUAGAAGUAUCGAAUCAGGAGAAAAGCGUAUCGUCCCAGCCCUACUACUUAACUUAGGUUAGCAUAGCUCAAUCAAACCUGUACCAAAUUUAACCCUGUUUCCACCUGGUAUGACAAUUAUUAGCAUCUGGACUCAUUAUCUGGAGAAGGAAAUUGCUUUUUAAUACAAGGUGUCAAUACACUGUGGUGAUCUGAAUGUGAUUAGCUUGGCCUCGUCAUAUGGAGGCACUCUGUCCCACAUGGUACGGCCAAAUGGGUGUAAACCAAAUUCACAGGAUGUUCUAGGGUCUGUGUAAACCUCGUCAUUCUGUUCUCACCUCCAUGCUCAGGUUUUCCCUGCAGAAUAGAGAUCAGAUCUCACUGAGGAUAAUGAGAGCACACCAAACUUUGAGGUGUAUAUGCAAAGGGCAAGAUAAGAUUGCUUGCUGUCCGGGGAACAAGCUCAGAUACAGCUCAGAUUUAAUACUGGCUGUAAAUGGGGUGUUCAAACCAGGGAAGUUGAAAUGAGCAGCUACGUGACUGUCCCACAAGCAGCUCUGAAGCAGCUUUAAUCUGGUUGAGUUAUAUUUUGAAUUUCUCCUCAUCUCACUGGUCUCCCCCGGCGCUCAUUAGUUCAGAUAUCAUUAAGAAGCCCUACUGCAUACUGCUGCCCCACACAAGUACCAGUACAAUCUGAGGAAGAGUCAUACAUCAUCAUCAAUGUCAAAGACCUUUAGUUUCCAUAUAAAUAAUCUAUGCAUAAUAACCCAACAACACAUUGUGUUGAUAAAGGCUCAUUUAUCUGCUCCAGAUAUGCAGAAUAUAUUUCCUCCUGAUGACAUUGCUCAUAUUCAGCCGCAGUGCUGUUUCUCUGGAGCUGAUAGAGAUUCAGUAUCUUGCUCAAGGACACUUCAGUAAGGCCGACACAUGCUGACUCUCUGGUUUUGUCCGAGAUUCUUUAACUGAGUGGCAGUGCCCCGUUCAGUCAUGGACAUUUGACAUACUGUCAUGCAUUUAUGCAUUCAGUCAGUCAUUCACCCUUCUGCCUUCAUUUUUCUCUCAGGAGGGCUGGAGUCUAUCCCAGCAUGCAGAGUGUAGAGAGCACAGAUACUCUCCCAGGGUGAACACACAGGCAUAAAAUCACUCACACUCAUACCUGUAGGCAGUCUGGAGUCUCCAUCCUCAUAACUUACAGCACUCAGUGUGUGUGUGUGUGUGUGUGUGUGUGUGUGUGUGUGUGUGUGUGUGUGUGUGUGUGUGUGUGUCUUCUUGCUGUGGGAGGAAACCAGAGCAUCCUUACCAGACCAACGCAGAAUGUGGAGGAGAGGGAAACUCCAAAUAAAGAAGGUUACACAGCAGCCUGGUCCUUCUUUUCAGAGCCAAACCAUGCACAGUCCCUGACUGAUGAUCCUCUUACACAGCCGCAAUUUAUCCAAUUUAUCCAAGUUUUCCUAUUCAAUUAAGUUAGAGACAAAAAAUACACUUUUUUAAGGCAAGGCAGCCCAGAAGAGGAAAAUCAAUGAGAAAGAGCUCUGGCACUUUCUACAUUUUUACUAGGACAUAUUCAAAGGAACAGCGAGAGUGUCUGCAGUCCACAGUGAAUUCACUAAUGCUGCAGAGAUUAGGGUUGUUUCAAGUGGAACACAGAUCAAUCUUCUGAGCUCAGACGAUACAGUCCUUCGAAUAUGAGUGUGACAGAUACAAUGAUACUCAAUAUGACUUCUCAGAAACUGCCCCGGCUGAUGGGCAGAUACAGCGCUGGUACACAGUAUGAAAUGUGAUUUGCAAUAACAGAGGGCUGUACUGCCUUGAUACAAUCCGAGUGUGCCUAUUGUAAUGAGAGUUUACAUCGACCUGCAGAAAUACAGGGCCUGGGGAGCUGGGGAGAAUUGUUUUACUUUACUUGAUUAUCUGAUUCAAGGUGUAACAAAAUGAAAUUCAAAUGCAGGGACAAACUUGAGAAAACACAGCUAUGUAACUCAUACAUUUGUUUACAGUUGUUUUAGAGGACAGAAAGACACUUUCUGGAAGCAUGCUAAUUUGCAGAGAAAGCAUUUUGUGAGAGCCAAAGAAAGAGUCUCAGUCCAUAACUCACAGAGAAGAAAAGCACAUUUUUUUUUAUUUACAGUUUUACUCAUUAUACUGUGAGUCUGCUUUAGUUUCGCUGAUGAGUACAUUUUUAGAUAAGCUAACUUUACCACCUGCUUCUACCAAGCUAACCAAAUACUACCUUCAGCUUAUGUAGCACAGACUGACAUGUUAGCUUAGGUGGGUAGGUGGUUAGGUAGCGUUUGUUAGCUCAUAAUUUACAGUCUUCACUUCAAAAAUCAAGUUCUUUUUCUACACCAUAACACCAUAACACUCUACAUGUUAUGGCUUCAAGACUAAUUUCACCUGAUAAGACCCCAUGACAAAACCUGUGAUGAUAGUUUUAGCUAGUAGCAGCACGAGCAGCUGACCCAGGAGAUUGUUAAAAUGCAAAAUCUGAGAUACCAGAGGAUGCCAACCAGUCAGCACUUCACUGUAAAUGCUAAAACAUACACGAUCUGUAUUGAGCACGUCAUCAGUGCCGUGUAUCAUGCGGCAAAUAGGUUGCCAUUCUAAUCAAUGCAGCAUCGCAUACAGGACGCGCAUCAGCUCCAUCGCAGCUCGGUAUCAGAAGCGUAUGAAGUGCAGCACUGCUAAAGAUACACGACGAGUCUUUUUUUGCUGUAAGAGAAUUUUUUUUCAAAUAGAGAAAGAAAUUCAACAACUUUUAAAAGUUUUCAUCUGUACAAUUUUAACACAACAGCAUUGCUCUUCUUUGUGACGUGACAAGUUUUGUUAUGGUGGUUUCCCUUCUUGUAUUACUUGAUUGGCCCAGUUUUCAUCCCUUAAGAGAAUGUAGACCUUGUUUCAAGUGCUUGUAGCAGGGCUUUAAGAAGUUCAUCAUGGUAGAUGUAUGGAAAAGCAUCCCUUGUACUAAGUUGGUUUCAUAUUUCUCCACCCAACUCGCUGCCAAACUGAGACACCGGGUGACAAGUGUGUAAAGAAGACUUCAGUUUACUUAUCAUUCUUUUAUUUUGUACACUCAGUUUACUCUCUUGUCCCUUCGAAAAGUAAAUAAUACAGGGAUGUUAUUACAAAAAAAGCUUUGCGAACAUUUUUUUUACUCAGUAUCUACUCCAAAAAAAUUACUUGGGAUUCAAUUAUAAGUUGGCAUCAAACCCAACUGAACUGAAUCAAAUCAAAUCAUUGCUGAAUUGAAUAGAGGUCGUUAAGAAUCAAGUCAGAGCUCAGCGUCUUGUUGGAAAAUUCAAUCCCUUAGCAGCAAUAAUAAACUUACAACAAUAAUGAUUAAAAUACUUGUCAUUUUAACGUUAGCUCAGUGCUGUCUCCUCUUAUCUGCAGCUUUGUCUCUACUGCAUUGAACUGGUGAGUAAACUGUGAAAUCUCAGGAGUAAUACAAAAAUGACAUUAAGUCACAAAAGGAAAAUCUAAAUCUACCUAUACCAAAAUUCACACAUAUAUUAACCUUUAUAUUAAUCUGCCAUCCACUGGAAGCACUAGGAACUCUUAAAAACAACAGGAAAAACGUGAACUUGAUAAGCCAACUAAGCUUUGAAAACACUAGACUAAAUGUGAAACAACAGCCAGAUCAUAAUAAGCCAGAAGGUAAUAAUAACACAGACAUAAAAAGUACACUCAACACCGACUAUUAACUUUAGUGGCAAGAAGUGUACAAGAGGAGCAAAAACAACCCAGGUGGCUCUUUUUAAGUGAAACAACCGACAGGAGCAGCAUAAAUACACAAAAUAGGACUGUGUAAUUGGCAAAGUAACAUUUGCUCUUUUUGAAGGCUCCACAUUAAAACAAAAAACUGUUUACACUGCACUUUCUUUCCCCCAUGAACUAGUUUUACUUGUUCAUAUCACUUUCCUCGCCUCCAUUCAAUUUUGUAACCUGUCAUCAGUAUCGAUCAGUUCACCUUCUGCGUUAUCAUCGCCUACCUUUUGUCUGAAAUGAGUGCAAAUGAGCAUCAGACUGUGUUGGAUGUUGAUACUAAAAUGUCAUCUAACCGGCCUAAUGCAGUAUGCAAACCUUAGCCCUGCUGCUCUCUGACAGAUCAAUUUUCCAGCUUGUACUUUCAGGGUUUUUGAGAUGUAAAUGUUUCUCUGAGCAUUUACAUCCACAAACUGUAUAUCAUAAUCAUACGCUACAACAUUAUCUUCACAAAGCGUGAUGUAAUGUCAAAAUGGCUGCAUGAUCCAUGGCAACUGAACCCUCAUCAUAAUUUAUUUUAGGGCCUCCCCUGAUGCUUCAAAUGGAGUCGGCUGUGUUCCUGUACAUGUUCCUCUUGAAAUAACAUCUUGUUUCAAAGGCAAUCUUCUUUGUUUCCGUUGCGAGGACUCCAGGCGAUACUGCGAUUCCCUUUGCUCCCACAGGCAUGACUCUCCCUGACAUUAGACAACUGAUGACGUAUCAUUCAUGUUUUAAAAUAAAAUUUCUCUCUCCUAGAAGCAAAAGCUCUUUCUGCGUGUUGUCGAAUCCGGAGUGUAUAAGUGUAGACAGAAAUAGACAGCCACCCACAUAUCAUUAGGGAGAUGGAGAGAGAGGGAGAGAAAGACUCGCUGUGACAGUGUGGGAGACUGAAGCGGGCUGAGGCAAAUAUGUCGGUCACAGUUUGACACCAUAUCUUCACGUGUUUUUGAAGCUGUCAGACUCACAUACUGUAUUUCUGAAUAAGUCUUAAGAGUUUGUUUUAACCUACACAAAUUCCUGGAGAGUCUGCGCUUAAUUUCCUCUGAGGACGAGAUAAUAAUUCAAUUUCCCCUGACUUAUAACUUGAAACGUGUGUGGGAGGGGUGUGGGCUUUUUUCACUAUGUUUCUCUUGUGCUCUAAUGGAAUUAAUGGUGUAGAAGGAGUCCGCCCUCUUGUGGGGCACCAGAAAAAAAAAAAAAAAAGCAUGUAUUAUUUAUCUAAUUUUGUUCACGGUGCUCUGUUUAACAGGAUAUUUGCUAAAUUGUUGGAAAAAAUCUGAAGCUUCCAUCUUCUUAUCUAACAUCUCUGUUUCAUGAUUCAUUGUGUAGGCAGUCUACCUCUUGGCUGCACUCUUUUUAUUCCAAUGUGUACAAAAGCCCAGGCUUAGCAAUAGAAACUGCACUCACUGGCUGCCCGUGUCUAUUUUUGAUUUAGUUUAAAUAACAAAAUGCAGGUUAAACCGUCCUGACAGCAGCUGUUAUUUCCAAGAUAAUGCAAAUAUUUUAAAUCCUCCCUCUCUGUUUGGCUAAUCUUUCUCUUGUGCUUUGACUCUGUGCUUUUUAGGAAGCUGCUGAAUGUAAAAAUCAUCGACGAUGAAGAGUAUGAGAAGAACAAAACUUUCACGAUUGUACUGGAGGAGCCCAUACUGCUGGAGGUCGGACAGAGACACGGUGAGCCGAGGACACAGCUGCCGCGUGAUUUCCCUCGUUAUUUUGUGGUUUGAACACAUUUACAUUGCACCCACUCUCCCUUAUAUUUUAUUUAUGUUAAUGGGCUCACACAGUUUGCACGUGUUAUUACAAAUCCCUCACAACUCUAGAGCUAAUCCAAGGUCAGAGCUGUGAUCUCAGUCCCUGGAAUAUUUUCAUCGCCAGGCUGGCAGUUGCAUCUUAAAACAUUUUGGGUUGAAGUAGUCAGAAAGGGGAGAUCCGUUUUGCAGUAUUUGUUCACUCCCACUAAACAGCAGCAUGUUAGUAAUAACGCCACAAUAAUCACUGAUUUCAGUGCAACAAUAUUGGAAACAUAAUGCAUUUCCGAUGUGGGACCAUUUGAGAAGAGUACUUAGUGAUCAGUGUAUUUACUUAAUUUAUUUGAGUUUAAGCUAGGGUGACCAUAUGUCCUCUUUUACCUGUACAUGUCCUCUUUUGGGGGGCUGUCUGGCCUGAGUUUCUAAAAUCCUUCACAUGUCCAGGGUUCCGUAUGGAAGCCCGUUUCCGCCAGUAAAAAAAUAGAUGAGAUAUUUUUUGAAUGAGGCCUGGUUGAGUGUCUUUUGGGGAAUUCUGAAUAUGUGUUUUACUGAGGUAGAAGUGUGUAAAAAACACUCGACCCAACCUGAAAAACCCUAAAAAUCUUGCGCACACGCUCCAUCCCACGUAGUAGUGUCCUCUUUUUGGGGAUCAGAAUAUGGUCACCCUAGUUUAAGCAAAGAAAUAUAUGUUUAUUUAUUUAAUAAUUUUGUUCAAAACAAGCAGGCUCACAACAGCUACAAAUAAUCAGGUUAAAGGUGGGGUAGGCAGGAUUCCGUUAAAGAAGCAUCUUUUGUUGUGGGGUAUAUACAAAAAAGCUUUUAUAUCAGUGAGUAGCUAAUAGUUAUUGAUGACAUUUGGGAAUAUAAUGAUAUCGCUGUGUUCUGUUAUGUCUAUGUAGUCAACGUUUUUAAUUUUUUGAGCGUCCUGCUCUUUCUGUCUGUAAACAAAGCUGUUCUCCACCUUCCCAACCUGAUUGGUUGUUAGGCAGAUGCUGCUCCCCCGUGUCGUUCACGAGCCCAAAGUUAUCUGCUAGAAUAUCAGACAGUAGAAACCAACAGGAAAGUACAAAAAAUUGUCUGAAUCCUCCGUUGGCCACGACUGCUAACACAAGCAAAAAAAGUGAAGUAAAUACCGGAAACUCUGGCGGAAUAACGAGUGCUUAAAAAGGAGGUAGACUGGACAAGAGCUAAAAAGCCAGGUCAACAUGAAGCAAGCAUAAACGAUGGGGGACGGUUCGGGAUCUUACGGACCCUGUAACUUUUUUGCUGGACAGGUAAACCGCUUUAACAAAGUAAGCCAAGUGUCUGUAACAGAAGUGUUUCUUGUCAAAUGGGACCUGCUGCAUGUUGUAGCGCCGCUAAACUGUUUAUCUCUGGUCCUGGACUAUGUCACUUCAUCCUAGUUGUAGAAGUCCUGCAAACAUUGUGUUUACUGGUAGUCAGUUGGCAUCUACAGUAGCACCAAUGCUUUUUUACUUUAACGUUGACUGGGCCCCAUUUGUAGUAAUCUGAAGUAUGUAUCUGCAUUAUAACUGGAUUUAAUUACAGUGAUACAAGCGAGCACGAGCGUCUGUUUGUGGGCGGGGCUUGCUGGAGCAGAGAGGAAGGGUAGAGAAGGAGAUGAUGGGAAAACUGGUUGGUAGGGGUAGAGUUUACAUUCAAGAUUUCUCCCAAAAACUGGCACUACCUCAUAUCCUGUCUACCCCACCUUUAACUUAUAUCAGUGACAAAAUAACAAAACUGGCUCUGUUAAUGGAGUAUAUAGAACCUUGUAGAUACAUACACAGUUGGAUACAAGAGUAUAUGUUUCUUUAAACUGGGAAGUCUAUGCAUUUGCUUUAUGCCCAAAAUUUUGGCAGAAAUGUUUUUGUUUUAUUGUAUAUUACAUAAAAUAUUUAUGGUUGUAAAACACUUUUAUUGAGUAACCUCGCUGGCUUAUUUUCAUUGACUUGCAUAUUUUAGUCCUCCUUUGGGUUUCUGUAAGACUACCUGAUAUUUAUCAGGCAGAACUUGGAAGUUUAAGUUAAGUGUCCCAUUCCCAGUAAAUCUGUUUAGCGAUUUUGUCACGGAUCAUAGUGUCACCUGAAGCAUCGAUUUUUACCUAAUUCUCAUGCAAAUGGUGCACAUAAAGAACUAGGUUUCAUUAUCAGCAGACACACUAUCUUGAAGCCCAUGUGGUGAGCGUUGACUGAUAGUCUGCACACCUGUGCCUCUUUGCCGCAGGAGACACCAAUGAUAACAAGACAGCAGUGGGACCGGAGGAUGUGUCAAAAAUGGGCUGCCCCUGUCUGGGUGAGCACACCAAGCUGGAGGUGGUUAUUGAGGAGUCGUACGAGUUCAAGGUAACUAAAAAUAAGCAGCUCUUUCACCUCACAGCAGCACUCAUCUGUCAAACACUUUCUGUGUCUUGGAGCCCCUUACAAUAAUGAAUGCCUUUAUUUAGCUUUUUUUUUUUAAAGAUUUAACUGCCCCCUCUCUACUAAAUAUACACAUCAUGGCAGUUCUUUCUGGCUGGUGCCAAAUAACACAUUGAUAAUUAAUGACAUUUCUAAUCGAUACCACUUCUGUCACAAUAUUUUAGGUAUGAUUGAUGGAGAUACAUUUUUAAUCUCACUAGGAGUGGGAGAUAAAUUAUUAGUGAUGUGGAUGUAAGUAAUGGCUCUGUCAGGGGAGUCAUUCAGUCGUCAUUUCAUACUGCUUGAAUGACCAAAUGAGAUCAGAGAAGUGUAACAUUUAACCGCACUGCAGCCUUAAAGAGGUACUCCAUCACUUUAAUAACGAAGCAAUGAAUUUUGGGAAUCUGGGGAUUUUGCAAUAGAGACAUGACAUAUAAUUAUACAGUAAAUACAGAAAAUGGACACAGGAGAGUCUGAUAUAUUCUGAUAAAAGACUCAAAAAGACCCAAAGAUCUUAUAUCUCCCACAUAUACAGCCUGUCUUAACUACUGUCUUAUAUGUUCAAUCUGAAACCGAGAUGAACUUUGAGAUAUCAGAGGAGACUUGUUUUAAGACUGAAUUACGCAGCAGCUUCCAGGCCUCUUUUUGUCACCCAGGAGACCUCGGUUAGUGCUAACAUAAUGUCAUAUAAACCCGAUUCUAAAUCCCUGACCCAAAGUCAGUCCAGCCGUGACCGUCUCGGAUUUGAAAAGGAUUAUUGCUUGAAAAAAAUAAUAGAUCACUUGCUACGAUGUUGUAUACUUGUCAUGUCUAGUUUUGUAUCGGUGUCCCUCACCCUUUUUCACUGAAGGUGUGUUGGCUGUGUGAGCUGCUUUAUUUUUAUAUAUCGUAUUUUGUAUAUGUAAAAACUUAAUUUCAGACCCAGUUAGUCCAUGUCAUACAAAAAAAAAAAAAAAAUGCCAAAAAAAAACUAAACAGAAGAUACAAAAAUUAAGAAAUUCCUGAAAAUUAAAACACAAAGUGACAUUUGUUAUAGCGCUUCCAGAAGCAAGAGGAUACUUUGUGUUCAUGGGGUUGUUAUGAAUGAAGUCACUUACAAAGCUCUUCUUCUAGUCUCUGCCUUAAGUUUCCUGAAAAAACAAUUAAUCAUGCAUGCUUCAGGUGCGCCAUCUCAUAAUCAAUUCUCAGGUUACAUGUGAUAUAUUCUUUCCAUGUGAUCCCCCUCUUCUUCUCUUUCUCUCACUUUGUGCCCCCUUUCUGUUUGCACACAGAUGUUGUUACAUCUAUUUGCAUUAAUUUAACACCUAUUUUAAUGAGAAGGAGAUAGUUUUUGUUGAGAUGAACCCCAAAACCUGCAAAACCCCCAAAAGAAUCCCUAUAUGAAAAAUAUAUAUUAAGUAUAGUCAUGAAGGCUUUAGGUACAUUGUUUUAAUGAUUGAAUUACACCAGGGUACAGGAAUAUACAGUAUCUUCAUAACUUAAAUAAAUCCACCUUAACUUUUGGUCUCACACAGGCCUCUAACCUCUGCUCAAUCUCUUUGGUGAAGGUCUGGUCGUGUGUGUGGUUGACUCUUUCAUUGCCUCUAUCACCCCCAGCUCUGUCACUCUUCCCACAAUAUCACCCCUGUCCCUUCAAAUAUCUGAGUUACAAGCAGCUGUGUAAUGUUUGUAAUCCUUAAUUUUGAAACUAGAAAUGAAACUCUCAAUUUCUUGGAAUCGAGUAUUUUGUUUGUCAGUAUUUUGUAAACUGUAAUAAGAGUGGGUGCUGUGCCAUCAAUGUGGUUACAAAUCUCCUGUAAUCACCACACUAGUUAUUAUUUACAGCCUGUUCUUAAGUUGUCAUCUUCUUGUAAUUCAGUUUUUCUUCAGCUUUAAACUUCAUUACAUGCUCAUUUAGUCCAUUUUUAGCUGCAACAUAUUUUAAAAAAUGUGAUGUUACUUCAUGGCCCAUUGCAUGUUGGGCCGUAGUUGCCAUCUUUCAAAGAGAGCCAGCGCUGAUCCCAUAAUCCAGCUAGGUUUAGGGACAGACAGACUAUAAUAUGUUCACUGUAGUGUAGAGGAACUUCACUUAAAAACCAGCCAUAUGGAGUUAUAUCAUUGUUUUAAGAAAACAAGACUUCAGACAUAGAAAAUAAAUAAAGAAAAAUAUUUAUUUCAUUAAGAUGAGCUUUGUGUUUUGUCUGCUCUGCGCCACAUAAGGGUCACUUUACCUUUGUGAGUACACCUGCGCUGAAAUUUUCUAGCUUGUGAGCUUGCGGGUCCUGCACCCAUUUACUGCCCAUGAGCAGCAAAAGAAAUAUAAUUUUUCAACUCUUACAAAGUGUUUGCACUCAGUCCAAAAAUACAGUAAUUCAUUAUCAUCCUUCAGUUUCUUCAUUUAUUGCCCUCUUGAUUGACCAUAACCCACCAAACAAUGCAACAUCCAGUAAAGCUUAGCUUGCAGCUUAAUGGACGUCAUCUUUAUAUUCUCUACUGCAGUGAUAUCCUUGCAGCGUCAGUGAGAUAAAUCAUUUUUUCACUGUAAUGAAGUGGAUUUAUGCUGGCUUUAAGCUGUUUUCCUGAGGGAUAGGGGUUCUAUGCUACUGCUGCAUUUUUUGGUCACUUACUGUAAACCACAGCGGGAGACGAGAUGUUGCAAAUCGCACCUUAAGAGACAACAUCGAUGCGCCAAUUCUCACAUGACAAGAUUACACUGAAACUGAUCUGGUACCUUUAAACACAACAGAAAAGUAUCACUGUUGUGUCUGUUUUUUCUCUCUCUUUUUUUUUUUGUCUUUCCCACGGUCCGUAGAGCACAGUGGACAAGCUGAUUAAGAAGACAAACCUGGCUCUGGUGGUGGGGAGCAGCAGCUGGAGAGAGCAGUUUGUUAGUGCUGUCACUGUCAGUGCAGGUGAGUCGCAGCGUGUCUCAAAUGUCUCAUCUGUUCUGCCCUCUGUGACCGGACCUGAGGACCGGGCCUGCAGACGAGUCUGACCCACCAGCUGCUUCUAACCAACCUCUCUAUCUUGCUAGGUUGUUUUUUUUUCACUUUUUAUUUAACUUUUAAUAAACUCCCAGAUGCCCCAGUUUGACUCUGGUUGAAUUUUUAAUAAGCCAAAUUUAAGGGAUUAUCAAUGUAGGGGCUUACAAAACAAAGCCUGUUUAAAUAUAUUUUGGCAGUUCUGUGCUUGUUUGCUGCUUCUUUUUAUUACAGCCAGUUUAUUAAAAAUGCAUGUUGUGGUGGAUUCCUCCUGCGGCUCCACAUAAAAACUAAACUUUGCAGCUCUAUGCCUGGUCAACUAAUGGCCCUGAACAAUUUAUGUAGAUCUAUGUGGUAUGAUGAACCCUUUUUAUUUUGCCCUUUCAAAAGCCAUCCAUCUGGCUUUGUGAACCUUUUAGAUCUGCAAUAUGACGCAAAGCAAUUGGGCUGAAAGCUGACCGAGACAGCAGAGAUGUGUCACUUUAUUAAUAUCCUUUUUUCCUGUUUUUCCAUUUCCUCUCAGGGUUAAGUCUCUCUGAUUUCAUGCACAACUUCAGUUGAAAAAAAAAAAAACAUACUCUCCUGCCUGAAUAACUUUCACAGUUGGUGUUUCAUUUUAAUAUUCAGAGUUUUAAGCUCCUGUGAGGAACUUUGAGUGUGAGUCAACUUUGGCGCCCCCUGUAGACAAAGCAGUCUUUGGUUACCUUGUCCUCUGCAUCAGUGGGUCUCAACUGGUGGGUCCCGACCCAAAAGUGGGUCGCGGACAUGUUCUGGAUGGGUCACGAACAGCUGGUCAAAAAAGUAAAUAUUUAAUGCGAUAUUUAUUAGACAUUUGAUUUUUUCUGUAUAUGCAACUUUAGUAGUUGUCAUCCUCAUGUUGUCCCCUUCAUGUGCUUUGAAAUGCACUUUACUCAGUAAAACAAGUGGAUUUAUGUUAGAUAAAAAAUAAAUUUGCUUGGUUCGAAUUCUAUAAAAGUGGAUAGCAACUGAAGGACCAUUGGGAAAUGUGAGUCCCAGAGUGAGACCAGUUAAGAACCACUGCUCUAUAUUCUUUAAUCGUAUCCUGCUGGCUUUUGACAGUCAAAUAUAUCAUUUAUUGUGAAUGCGUGUGCUGUUUCCUCAGCUGCUGGCUGACACUUAGCCCCUCUCACCAGUUUCAAGCAUUAAAAAUGAAAGUCUAAGAAUAGCUAGUCUUGCUGUUUAUGGUCUUGUUUGCUUUUGAAUAUAAUUAAAAAGGCAUCAGUAUGAAGUUCAGUCAAUUCAGUAAAUGUAAAAAAAACUCUUGACAGGAGCUUUACAGUAAAAAAUUGAAAUCCCUGCACAUUCAUUGAACAGUUAAAGCUGCAGGAAAAAAACAAACAAACUAGAUUUUUUGGGGUCUUGAAUCAAUAAUAGUUCACAUCCAAAAAGUUUUAGAGUUCAGUUCAAAUGGAAGUUUAAAAUUCAUGUUUAAGUGUAAAUAAGCUCUUCUGAGGUUUGUUUUGGAUCAGGCAUGGUUACACUAUUUAUCAUUUACAUAAUGCAAAUCAUUCAGUAAACUGAUCUAAACCAUAUAUUUACACAGCAGCUUGUGUUGAGCUGACAAGGCACUAGCUCAUCCUAAAGAGACAUUAUUUUGCACAGUAUUCAUUGGAUGAACAGGGAAACCUCGACUAAUUCUGCAAAUGUCUACUAACUAUGAUAUGGAUAACAAAUUAUCCUGUAACUCCCAGCUCAGUGACAAAUUGAAAUGAAUAAAUUUGCAUUUGGCAGAGCUUCUGCUUCUCCUUCUGAAUGUGAAUCACAGGACUCAAACAUUUAAAGCUGGGCCAAGCCGACUGUCACUCUGUUGUUGUGUACAGAAGCAGGCAGGUGCCAAUCAAAAAGAGGGAGAUGCCAAUCAAAGUGUGAUUCACACGUCUGGCCUCCUCAGUCUUGAGUUAUAUUUCAGAGAAGGAGCAGUUGUUGUGACGUAUUGUUUUUUUAGAGAACUGAACUUUUUUCACUUGUGUUUUGGGGGUUGCCUCAUAAAACCUGAACUUUUAGAUUUCACUGGUUAUUGACUUUUUCAAGACACAUUUUUAAAGGCUUUAACAUAUUGGUGGAUAGUACAGAUGAGGCUGACUUGGAAUGUUUGAUUGAAGCAUUUGGCUCAGAUUAUUUAAUUGUUUUUACUCAUUUUUGUGAUUUAUCUUUACUCAAACAUCGGGAGGGGCAUUUCUAAGAUUUUAUCCAUACCAUUAUCAAUACUGAUCCUUCUUGCAAAUACCAAUGCUUAUCAGUACUGUGCUUUAAUAUUAGUGUAUGAAUAUAAAGAUAUACCAUAAAGUAAUAAUCAAAAGUAACUUUUUUCCACUGUGAAAACUUAAUUUUGUUUGAUCUCUUUCCUAUAUGACUUCUUAUGCUGCAUCUGAUUUCUACUAACCUCUGCAGAUGAAGCUGCUGCUGCUGUCUGUAGACUAAACUGGAACACUACCAUGCAGAACUAAAAAGCAAAGCCACCUGGCAACAGUCUCUGAAUAACCCCAGGCUUGCUCAUAAGCACCAGGCCUUUUACCUGCAUUUUGUAUUUUGGCUAAUCCAGUCUGCAGCACUGCCAUUGUAGCCACAGGGACUCAGAGGCUGCACUGAAGAUGUAUUAGCAUUAGCACUAAUGACGGCAUUAACAUUAGUGGUUUUUCCAGUACAGAAAAAACAAAAUGGUCUUGAUGAUUGUUCCUAUUAAAAAAACAUUUCUGACCUGAGAUGUGACUAUUAAGCUGGAAAACAACACUUUGCACCUUUUUUUUCAAACACUGGUCAAAUUCAGCCAGCUUUAUAUAACACAUAGUUUUGUUUCUUUCUUCUGUCUUUACCAGGUGAUGAUGAUGAAGAAGAAAGCGGCGAGGAACGCUUGCCAUCCUGCUUUGAUUACAUCAUGCAUUUCCUGACGGUUUUCUGGAAAGUCCUCUUUGCUUUUGUCCCACCCACUGAGUACUGGAACGGCUGGGCCUGCUUCAUCGUGUCCAUUUCCCUCAUCGGGGUUCUGACUGCUGUGACCGGGGACUUGGCCUCCCAUUUCGGCUGCACCAUCGGCCUCAAAGACUCAGUCACAGCUGUGGUGUUUGUGGCCCUCGGCACCUCUGUUCCAGGUAGGUGUCUACGGUGUCUAUGAGCGCUAACAGAGGACUUGCCCUGGGUUUCCUCUGUGGGGUUUGCAUGUACAGUAGGAGCAGCUGCUUGGGGAGAUGUGUGUAACCUCUUCCUCUGCCUUUUCUGUCAGAGUAAUUCUCUGCAGAGCUCUUGCCUUGAACAUUAACAAGCUGUAAGCAGAGAAAAACAGUGUUUCACUUGCUAUUCUUUCUGUGCUGCAUAAUUGUAUCCAUGCUGCGCCAUGUCCUAAACACUGCCAUUCAGAGGCACAAAUGAGGACAUGAAAAUAAGGCUUUGAGGGGUCGUAGCCCAAUAAACCCCCAUGUGGGUUAGAAGACUAAUUAUGCAGGCCUCUCCAUGAAUAAGUACAAGGGAAAUCGACAAGACGAUAGACUGUAACAUGCAGUAGCUGUACAUGCAUCUAUUUUAAGUUAAAUUUAGUUUGCAGACACAUGCAAGACGUGAGCACCUAUCUACAGUUUGGAUUUUCUCAUACCAAGUUGGUCCUUAUACCAGGUUUGUAAAUUCUUGUUCUAUUUUAAUCUGUAAAAGUUGCUUGAAGAUAAGUGCUGCACACAUUCACCACCCUCAACACUCUACUUUUAAGAAGUUUUAUUUGAUGUCGGUCUUGGACAAAGAGGUAAAUCUUAUAUCCAUGCUGAUCUUUCCCCUUAUCAUGCAAUUGUGCAACUCAAGAAGACUUCCUACUGUCUGACAAAUGUUCUUCUUUCUGUAAAUCUUUUCCACUGAAAGUGUAGACUGAAGCACAUUUAACAUUGGCUACUAAUCAUUUUGUCUGACGCUGAAUUAGGAAGCAGAGACACGCGCCAUUAAAAAUAACUAUUUUGUUCUGGCUGUGCUCUGCUCUGGCUGAUGGUCUAGUUUGCUUUAUCACAUCAAAUCAAGGCAUGGUUCUUAAUUUGUUUCUGUUUUAAAGCGAAUUGAACAAGAGCCGUAACACAUCAUUUACUAUUGCUUUGUAGAAGUCAUUUGUAAGAGUAAUGUUCAUUUGGCCAUGACCCAAAAUCUCCUUUUGGCAGAUGUUUAUCCUCCUCCACAAUAGAUUUCUCCUUUAAACUCAGGAUGACCUCUCCACUUGACCGCAGCCUUCUGGCAGAUGAUAUGGCAAAAAUCCAUUCAAAGCCAAAAGCAGCAGUUUGACAGGGAAAUGUGCUUUUAUUUUCUGGCAGAAAGCUAAAUGAAUAGAUCAAUACCACCCUUAAGCUUGUAUGCUAAGCUAGUUAUGAUGCUACCUCAAUGAGAGUAAGUUUAGCUUAGCUUAAUACUCACAACAAAGGUCUAAAAUAGCAUUCAUCCUUUUUAGCAGGUUAAUACAGAGCUGCCAAACGUCACGCUUUGAGUGUGACAGUCGCGCAGUUUGACCCAUUCUCACACCAUACGCACCUCACGCUUAUUUUUCCCCAUUCAAUACUCUAUUUAUUAUUUUAAUGAUAAUAAACUUGGCUUGCCGUAGUUCGAGUAACUCUGAUUGACUGAUCAAGAUGACCAAUCCCAGACCAAUCCAUCAGUCCUUUGUGCUUAAACCGAACCAACCAUGGAAGGCCCCAUGCGAUACAAACCAAUCAGAAGGAAUGUAAGGCGGGUCUGGGCAUCUGCAACUAUCUUUCACACACAACAGCGCCGGCCUUUAAAACCCCUCAUCUACCCAAUUUUGAUCAUCUGAAAUUAUUGCAAAUGAGUUCACUUUUUAAGUAUUUUUACUAGUUUGAUGUCAGCUUAGGACAAAUAUUGCUAUUUUAAGGUAAAAAUUGGCAUUUAAAAGGGCCAAUUUUUUUUUCACCACACACAGGUCAGCGCAUCAUAAUGCUCAAGUCUCACUCUUGUCAUUUUUUUUAACCUUGGCAGCCCUGUUGAUAUUACAAAAUUCUUUUUGCCUACAAACUAUCUGUGUUGUUUUGGUUACCUUCCUGGCAACACUCUCAAAAAUCUCUUUAUUAGCCAGCAACACAAAUGCAGUUUGACAGCUUCAUCAAGCUAACAGCAUUUGAAGCUAACUAGCAUGUUUCUAUCCCAAGCAGCACACAACUUGACCACCAGAACAACAGAAAAAGCUGUUAUCUAAACUAAUCAGCUGCUGAACAUAGUUUCAUAUUUCACACUUAUAUGCUCAAAGAGAUGUUAUAAUUGCUUCUAUUGAUAUUUCCUCUUGAUAACAAGUUAGAGUAUUAACCUUAAGAUGAUAACAUUCCUGCUGUCAUGUUGUUGUUUUUUUACGGUAAUGUGUUUCAGUUACAGUGAAUACUGCCUGUGAACACUGUAUAAGAGAGCAUGAUAAGAACUAACUAAAAUGACAGCAACGAUGUGUUUUUAAAAAGUAAUUGACAUGUAAUUUAGAUUUAUAGCUCGGCUCAUGUUCUAUCUGUUAACAUGAUGGAGGUGCGCUUUAUGCCUUGUACUGGAACUGAUCAGGGUGAAAAUCAUUGCUUUGCAGUCUGUGAACACCUAAGGUGUCCAUUUCAUUAUACAGUCCAUGGUUACAGUCUAACCUGCUGAACAACCAGGUAGUUUCAGACGAGGUUUCAUUUACUGUCACUAAUAGAAAACAUUAAAAAAUAAACACAUUAGCAGUUGAUAAAUCCUUCGUAGGAUCACACAAACUGCAACAAAUGUAGUGAUCUUGGUUUAGAUCAGGUGGGAUGUAAUUAAAAACAUUAUAGCUAAUAAUCAUCAUUGGAUUAUAAAACAUCUAAGUUCCAUAUCUCUGACUUAUAUUAUUUUACAUUUUUGCAGCCCAGAGUGAAAUUUGAAAAUUUAAUUUACUUUUGCAUAGUUACAAAAAAGUUAGCUUUUUUCUCGUAGUUGUGGCUUUCAAGGGAGAGUUGAGAUCAUUUUGACUUCUUAACUCAACUUUUUUUUUUCAUAGUUAAUUCAUAUCUCUUCUUUUUCGACAGAUACAUUUGCCAGCAAAGUUGCUGCCAUCCAGGACCAGUACGCUGAUGCCUCCAUCGGCAACGUGACAGGCAGCAAUGCAGUGAACGUCUUCCUGGGCAUUGGUGUGGCGUGGACCAUCGCCUCUGUUUUCUGGCAUACCAAAGGCAAGAAGUUCAAGGUGGACCCCGGCUCCCUGGCUUUUUCUGUCACCCUCUUCACCAUCAUGGCGCUGGUAUGUGUGCUGGUGCUGCUCUACCGCCGGCGCCCCAGCGUAUCCGGCGGAGAGCUAGGGGGCCCACGGACACCCAAGCUCCUCACUUUCUUCAUGUUCCUCUCCCUCUGGUUCAUCUACAUCCUGCUGUCCUCACUGGAGGCGUACUGCCACGUGCCUGGCUUCUGAGACUGGGGGAGACACACACAGACCAGCUCUUUUCCUUGUUUUUACAAUCUUCUGAUGUGUUUCUCUCAGUUUUUUGUCUAUUUUCACAAAAGUUUAUAUCGAUUUGUAUCAUUAGUUAUUACUGAUACCGCACAAUAUCUGAUUGACUUUGAAUCUUUGGACUUUUGCUACCACCCUGUUUGCUGUGAAGUACAGCUUAAGCCACUGAAAUUAACCCCUCCUCUUUUGUGAAACAUUUUAUUCCUCAGACAUUUAUCAAAUCAUUUCAAUCAGCAUUAAUGACAUGAAACUUUUAGUCCUUUUUUCUGGAAUCAUGUCCCCUCUCUGUGUGGACAUUUAUUUCAGUUUUGAAGUGUUAAGUUAGUGUCAGAAAAGUUUUUUGCAGGGUGUUUUAUGGUAGAAAAUUACAGAUGGUGCAUGGGGUGACAUUAUACUUGACAUUCACAUAUAAGGAAAGACUUAAUUGAGGCUGAAGUGACUCGUAAAAGCAUAUUUGUGUGGUGAUAUUUAUUAAUCAAGCUAUACAUUAAUUAUUCAUUGUAUAUCAUGUAAAAGAUGAACAUCAUGCGUGGGAAUCUUGUGGAAGAGUAGGCGUGUUUUUUUUAUUUUUGCACGUUAUCAGAAUAAGAGUUUCUUGGUAAUCUAUUUUAAAGUACUGUAUGUAAUAUUUUGACAUGGCUGUUGACGUGUUGAUGUGUUCCUGUACAUGUGAAACACAGCUGUAUCAUAAUCUUUUCACUGCCUGGUCCCCUUUCCCCACAAAGCUGUUUACUCAAUGACAUGUCAUGUCCGGGUUCAAAAUGCCUUUUUUAACAACAUAAACCGACCUGGAGCAGAUUCCCCGCUUUUAGUUUUACAGCUUCGUUAAGAACAUUAAUGAUUUUUGGCUGAGUGUGUGCGUGUGUGCGUGCGUGUGUGCGUGCGUGUGUGCGUGCUUCUCUGCUCUACGGCACAAGUUGGCGAAAAGCUUGGCGCUAUCUGGCCACUGUUAACACAAAGGGUGUUCAUGACAAACGAAAAGUGCAGCCUGAGAGUCUGUCGCGCUGACACUGUGAACAUUUUUCCACAUCAUCACUUUAAGAAAAAGCACAGAUUUUCUUUUCAGACUGUUGAGGGAGUUUUUAGAUCUCGAUCAUAGCACAACCACCAAGAAGCUCCAUUAUUCGGGAUGAGAAAAUUUGCCAAAAAAGAAGACAUGUACAGUACUUCCUGAAAGUGUCUCCUUGUGUUGCACAGCAGUUGAUAUUGAAGUUUGGUUUUUCUUUAACUAGAAUCUGUAGAGCCAUAUUUAUUGUAAAAGUAUUACAGUAAAGGUAUUUAUAUGAUCAAUUUCAGUUUUAUUGAUAUGCACGUUUAAUGUAUAAAAAAGUGGAAAUAAAUGUUGAUGAUUUAUGAUGACUUCAGAG